AUGGCCGUCGACGGUGUGGAUCCAAAGCCACUGGGCUCUUAUCCUUCAAGCGGCAUAGAUGUGCUUGUCGUCGGCACUGGACUGGCUGGCUUGACUGCGGCGGUGGAAUGCAUCAGGAAGGGCCACAAAGUGCGCGUACUAGAACGAUAUGCAACAAUCAAUACCCAGGGCGAUAUGUACUUCAUGGGCCUGAGCGCCACACGCUUCUUCAAGCACUGGCCUGAGAUGAAAGCAGAGUACGACUCUAUUGGACUCCACAAUGCCUGGAUCGAGACCUUCAAGCACAGCGGCGAGCAGAUGAUUCCCCCUCUUUCUGUUGCCGAACGUCUGCGGGAUGCCGGCCUGGACCCAAACACUCCUCCCGGCACCUUCCAGAUGCGACCUUUGAUCUAUCAGAUGUUCGUCAGGCAAGUCGAGAAGCUAGGUGUGGACAUUGAGUUCAACAGGCGAGUGGUGGACUAUUUCGAGCAUGAAGCGACUGGCAAGGGCGGCUGUAUCACCGAUGAUGGCAAGCGAUACGAGGCAGAUGUGGUGAUCGCGGCAGAUGGAGUGGGAUCGAAGUCGCAGAAGCUCGUUGGCGGACAGGUUCGCGCAAGGUCAUCAGGUCGUGCUAUGUGGCGCGCCGCGUUUCCAAUCGAGCACCUCGAUAAGGAUCCGGAGGUGAAGGAGUUCUUCAAGAUGGUUGGACCUGAAGGCGACAACCCAGUCGUCCGAACGUUCCUCGGUCCUGGCACCUAUGCUCUUACGUUGACACGUGCCGAGACUCAGAUCUGGAUCAUGAACCACAAUGCUACCAACUCGUCCGCAGAGAAUUGGAACAACAAGAUCGACUCCCAGGAAGUCCUCGACCAGAUGGAUGAAGGCGUUGGCUCGAAGCCAUGGGCACCGAUCUUCAAGAAGCUUGUGAAGUGUACACCACCCAAGACAAUCGUCAAUUUCGAGCUUCUGUGGCGCGACCCACAGCCCAGCUGGACUUCUCCAAAUGCCCGCGUGAUCCAGAUCGGCGACGCAGCACACUCCUACCUCCCUGCCUCAAGCAAUGGCGCAACUCAAGCCAUCGAGGACGCCGUAUCACUGGCAUCAUGCCUCCAGAUCGCCGGCAAAGACAACGUCGCCGAAGCCGUCCGCUCGCAUAUCCGCUUCAGAUUCAUUCGAACCUCGUGCGCACAGAAGCUUGGUUUCUCCAACGCAGAGCUGCUGCAGGAGACCGAUUGGGAUAAGGUGAAGCUGGACCCUCGUCGUGCUCAGCCAAAGCUGCCGAAAUGGGUGUGGUGCCACGAUCCGGAAAAGUACACGUACGAAAACUACCACCGGAAUGUCGAAAACAUGAAGGCUGGAAUCAAAUUUGACGAUUCGGAUGUCCCACCCAACUUCCCACCCGGAUACAAGUACGAGCCCUGGACGAUAGACUGGAUCAUGGACUGUAUGUACAAGGGCGUAGCUGUCGAUCUCGGACCAGGUCAAUGGGAGUAA